AGUAGGUAACAUUUUAUACAGGCACUUUUAGAGCACCCUUGCGGUCUUCCGUCAACGUGUUUAAAGACCCCAUCAUGUCCAUGCUUGCAGAACCCCGGAAAAAACAGAAGUGGUCUGUUGACCCGCGGAACAGCGCGUGGAGUAAAGACGAGUCCAAGUUCGGCCAGAAGAUGCUGGAGCGAAUGGGCUGGUCCAAGGGAAAGGGCCUGGGGAGAACUGAGCAGGGCUCCACAGAACACAUCAAAGUCAAAGUGAAGAACAACCAGCUGGGGCUGGGAACCACUGCCAGCCACGAGGACAACUGGAUCGCCCAUCAGGAUGACUUUAACCAGCUCCUGGCAGACCUCAACAACUGCCAUGGUCAAAACACUGCCAAUGAAGCCCCAUCGGAGGAGAAACAGCAGGAGAAGUCCUUCAGCCUGGAGGAGAAGUCAAAGACGUCCAGGAAGAGGGUCCACUACAUGAAGUUCACCAAAGGGAAGGACCUGUCCAGCCGCAGCCAGACAGACCUGGCCUGUAUCUUUGGGAAGAGGGGGACGAAGCGCAUAGCCGAGGACCAGGAAGAGGAGAGCAGUGGGCCAGACUCCCAGGGAAUGAACGAGAAGGAGACCAGGGCAGUUACAGCACCAGCUACAAAGGUUACGACCCCUGAACCUGAUGUAGAGGCCAUCACCAAGACAGUCACCAGCAACCUCUCCAUGCAGGAGUACUUUGCCCAGCGGAUGGCUCAGCUGAAAAAGGGUCGUGGCGAGGCUCCCACUGCAACCUCAUCACCAGAGACCAGUGAUACGCAGCAAGUCCCGGCUGAUUUUGUCACUGACCACACAGAGGAACUCACGUCAAAGAAGAAGAAGAAGAAGAAGAAGAGGAGAAAGAGAGAGAGGGAAGAGGAUGGCGUGGUGGUGGUGAAGGAAGAGUGUGUCGUAGAUCCCGUGUCAGAGGGGCGCGAGAAGAAGAGAAAGGGGGAGAGAGAAGAGGAUGACGUGGUGAUGGUGAAGGAAGAGUGUGUCGUAGAUCCCGUGUCAGAGGGGCGCGAGAAGAAGAGAAAGAGAAAGCGGGCGGAGAAAGAGGUGUUGGCUGAAGACUGCAGCGCCACCACUGGCGUGGAGCAGAACUACCAGGACCGCCAAAUUGUAGACUUAACAACGGAGUGCGAGGUUGUAAAUAAGAAAUGGAGGGAGGAGGUGGUUGUCGUGGAGGAUGAGGUGAUCGUGGUAAAAGAGAAGAAAUCUAAAAAGGACAAGAAGAAGAAGAAGAAGAGAAUAGAUCUACAUUCUUUGUAGAACUAUUAGAACCGUCUUCUCUUGAACGGGCGUCUCAAAUGGCACCCUAAUCCCUUUGUAGUGCACUACUCCCAUAUGGCUCUGAUAUAAAGUAGUGCACUAUAUAUUAUUAUAGAGAGAGAAUAGGGUACCGUUUGGGAUGCACUAUAGUCCUCAGGUUUCUGUGUUACAGUACAGUAGGCCUCUGUUCAUACAUGAAAGAACUGGGUCUAUGCACAGAGUGAUUCUCAUCGGGUAGUUUGGACUCAAUAUCUGCUGGAAAGAAUCUAGGUGGUCCUACGUUUCUGGAGCCAUUCAGGAUGAGUUUGGUGCUUUCCCAGAGAUACACUUUUAGAAUGAUCAUUGUGACUCUAUGUUCUCUGGAUGCCCCCUGUAGUCUCCCUAAAGUCUCCCUGUAGUCUCCCUAACGUCUCCCAGUAGUCUCUGCUUCCUGUAGUCUCCCUGUAGUCUCUGCUCCCUGUAGUCUCCCUGUAGUCUCUGCUCCCUGUAGUCUCUGCUCCCUGUAGUCUCCCGGUAGUCUCUGCUUCCUGUAGUCUCUGCUCCCUGUAGUCUCCCGGUAGUCUCUGCUCCCUGUAGUCUCUGCUCCCUGUAGUCUCCCGGUAGUCUCUGCUUCCUGUAGUCUCCCUGUAGUCUCCCUGUAGUCUCUGCUCCCUGUAGUCUCCCUGUAGUCUCUGCUCCCGGUAGUCUCCCUGUAGUCUCUGCUCCCUGUAGUCUCCCUGUAGUCUCUGCCCCUGUAGUCUCCCUGUAGUCUCUGCUCCCUGUAAUCUCCCGGUAGUCUCCCUGUAGUCUCUGCUCCCUGUAGUCUCCCGGUAGUCUCCCUGUAGUCUCUGCUCCCUGUAGUCUCCCUGUAGUCUCUGCCCCCUGUAGUCUCUGCUCCCUGUAAUCUCCCUGUGGUCUCUACUCCCUGUAAUCUCCCUGUAGUCUCCCUGUGGUCUCUGCUCCCUUUAGUCUCCCUGUAGUCUCCAUAUAGUCUCCCUGUAGUCUGUGUAUGAUGAUCUUUGAUGAAUUGGUAUUAGACAGCCAUUCUAAAACAGGACAGGGGGCCAUUCUACAACAGGACAGGGGGCCAUUCUACAACAGGACAGGGGGCCAUUCUAAAACAGGACAGGGGGCCAUUCUACAACAGGACAGGGGGCCAUUCUACAACAGGACAGGGGGACAUUCUACAACAGGACAGGGGGCCAUUCUACAACAGGACAGGGGGCCAUUCUAAAACAGGACAGGGGGCCAUUCUAAAACAGGACAGGGGGCCAUUCUAAAACAGGACAGGGGGCCAUUCUACAACAGGACAGGGGGCCAUUCUACAACAGGACAGGGGGCCAUUCUACAACAGGACAGGGGGCCAUUCUACAACAGGACAGGGGGCCAUUCUACAACAGGACAGGGGGCCAUUCUACAACAGGACAGGGGGCCAUUCUACAACAGGACAGGGGGCCAUUCUAAAACAGGACAGGGGGCCAUUCUACAACAGGACAGGGGGCCAUUCUAAAACAGGACAGGGGGCCAUUCUAAAACAGGACAGGGGGCCAUUCUACAACAGGACAGGGGGCCAUUCUACAACAGGACAGGGGGCCAUUCUACAACAGGACAGGGGGCCAUUCUACAACAGGACAGGGAGCCAUUCUAAAACAGGACAGGGGGCCAUUCUAAAACAGGACAGGGGGCCAUUCUAAAACAGGACAGGGGGCCAUUCUAAAACAGGACAGGGGGCCAUUCUAAAACAGGACAGGGGGCCAUUCUACAACAGGACAGGGAGCCAUUCUAAAACAGGACAGGGGGCCAUUCUACAACAGGACAGGGGGUCAUUCCACAACAGGACAGGGAGCCAUUCUAAAACAGAACAGGGGGCCAUUCUACAACAGGACAGGGGGUCUUAUAGAAAGGAAUUGAUGUGUGUUUGAUUUCGUAAUAACGUGUUCUCUUUUUAAUCAGAUGAAAUCAAGCUGUCAAUGUUCCCGGUCAAUGAAUCAAACUCAAAUGAAAACUGUUUAAAAAAAAUAUAUAAUAAUAAUCUGUUGAAGAAUUUCUAGAUGGGCUUUUUGCCAAUCAAUCUGACAUGCAAUACAUCCAGAACCUAGGACGACAUGAGGUCCACAUUGUCAUUGCAAUAGUGCAUGCAUUAACGCAUGUAUGUUAUGGUUCUACUGAUUUCUCUGAACCAGACCUGAUACAACUCCAAUCACCUUAUCAAUCCAUGAACUGCCUCGUCUCGUGUUUUAUAUUGAUCCGCUGCAAUUAUUGUCCUCCAUAUCAGUUGUCUUUCAGUUGGCUACUAAAAUAAAUACAUUGUUUAAACACGUGUC